CUUUCUUGUGUGCACAAUGACUUGAUGUAGCCAUGAGCUAGCAGAUUCUCGGAUAGGCUUCCAGCCUAUGCCUCCAUCUAAAAGUGCUGGAUACCCAGAGGCCAAGGCCAACGAAUCUGACAUCGAAGUCAACUUGGGCGAAGAGUUUGAGGAAUGCUUGGAGUUGAAGUGGAAAACGUCAGCGACAUGCCGAGACUUCUUCAUCGAGAUGGCUCUUGACCGCUCAGGGAAGACAAAGAAUGAUCCAGAUCUGAAGCCAGCAAAGGAUGCCACCGUCAAGCGUGUGAGUAUGGGCAGAGAUACGGAAGGCUGCAUUCAAAACAUGCCAGAAGGAAGGAGUUUUCUUGUGCGAGUGGUUGGCAAGACGAGCCUCGGAGAGAUUUGCAGCCCCUGGACCCGAGCAAUCACGCUGAGCCCCAAGACGCGCGACAAGGACCUUGGGAACUUGGACCCGAUGAACAUGCCUCGGAUGAAUUGCAACAACUGCCCUUGCGCCUGCUACGUGCCCUUCCGAUGGGGCUUGAACUCUCCAGGAAGGUUGAGGUGUCGACGCUGCGGCUGCCACCACACGGAGCAUCAGAUGGUGGAAGUGGGGGAAAUCCUCAAGGCUCGAGAAGUGAAGGCGAAGGCCGCCAUGGGCCGCGAUGUGACAGCACUGCCACAAGAAGCCCUAGACUGGGAUGAGCGAGAGUGCUCCAUGUGGUUCUGGUCUGCGGGUGCGGUGCACCCGCGGCAGAUUCUGAAGUGCCGCAAGUCGAAGUCGGAGGAGGUGAAGGGCCGAGUGUCCAUCGUGACGCCCACCACGGAGAGCCGCCAGAAGUUCCACGAGCAACUGUUUCGGUGUUUUGAUGCCCAGAGCUGGCCAGACAAGGAGCUUGUGAUUGUGGAGACUUACCAGAACUCCUACUCGGAGUUUUUCUUUCAGAAGUCGCAGGCAGACUCCAGAGUCGUGUAUGCCAAAUUCAAGAGGGCACCUGGAGAGGACUUCAGCAUUGGACUGAAGAGGAAUGUCGGCAUACACCUGGCCUCCGGAGAAUUCGUUGCCAGCUUUGACGAUGACGACCUGUAUGCUCCAUGCUACCUAGACACCAUGGUGGGCUCUAUGGAAGAGCAACGUGCGCUGGCGGUGAAAUUGUCCAAUUGGUAUGUCUACCACAUGGACUCGGACACCUGGUCCUUCUGUGACCCCAUUGCAUGGGGUCUCACCAAAGGCCUCGAUGAAAGCUCCGACAAGGUCAAGAGCUGGGCCUAUGGCUAUGGCUUCUCUUAUGUCUACCGCAGGAGAGCUAGCAUCGAUUUGUGGUAUAGUGACAUCAACCUGGGCGAGGAUUUCAACUUCAUGAUGCAGCUGCAGAUUCGCCGAGGUGAGCGCAGUGUACACCUGGUGCAUGAUGAGUUCGGCAUCUGCCUGCACGUGCAACAUGGAGGCAACACCUCGAACUCCAUUCCAGUGCGGCAGGUACCAGACACCGAGGCCAUGGACAUGGACAUCAUGGAGCUGAACCAUUGGAUGCAUGCUUCAGGUCCCGCUGGACGUGCCCUUGGCCGGGCCACAGGACGAUCUAAGAGUUGCGGCGGCAGCAAGAAGGUGACGUGUCGUUUGCCGGAUGGUCAGACCCACAUCAUCGAGUAUCCUUCCAGAGCAACGGUGAAGGACGUGCUGCAAGCACUUGGCCUCCAGCUCCAGAGCCCCUGCGACACCUACAAGGUCUACCGGGUUCCUCCGCCCGUGCCGUUCGGGCAGAUUGGAGGGAUCCACACAGAGUCACGGCGCGAUCAGAUUGCUGCUGAUGUGCUGGGCAUUUCCUUCCUGGCCAAGCUCCCAGGAGCAGAGGACAACCUUCGGCCAGAGACGAAGUCAGGGCAGCAAUGGUGCAAGCUUUUGAAGGCAGCACAAGCACCUCUCAGAGGUUCCGCCAGGCUGGGGCCAAGAGUUGAGGAGCUGUGGGUGCUGCCGCCGGAGGUUGCAGCUGCUGCUGGGCUUUGCAGCGCAGAGGAGACUUGGGAGGAGGAGGACAAAAUUGCCAGCGCUGGUGCGGAGGAGGAGAGCAAGCGCUCGCAGGUCGUUCGCGUCAGCUGUCAGAGCUCAACGGUGAAAAAGUUCUUCACCGCGAAGCAGUCCUUCGGGGUUUGGCUCAGGAAGGGCUCCACUGUCAGCGACUUGCGAUGGGUGCUGGGACGGCACUUGCCUGCAGAGGCCCGCGUCCUUUGUCAGCGCCAGGGGCGCGACAUGCAAAUGAUGCAGGAGACUGACGUGGUCCCCAGCGAGAUCACCGUUUCUGACUUCCGGGGGCCUCGCAGCUUCUACAUGCGAUUCACAAUCAGCCAAUGCGGCAUCGUGCUGCGCUUCAUGAGGUCGUUUUUCAAGGACCCAAGCAACCAGAAGCGCCUGGACGAAUUUCAAGCCAAUGCCAAGGGUAGUGGCCAUGAUUAUCGGGCUCAGCUGGUGCAGCUUUUGGCCCACGAAGUCUAUCCAAGGAUCUACCAGAAGCUCAAUGUCCCGGUGAUGGAUGACCUUGAUGGCCCCAAGCUCAUGCUGGAGGCCAUGUCCAGCGUGUCCACCAGCAGCUUAGAGGUGUGCCAGCUUUGGCUGGAAGUGGAGUUGCUGAUGCGCAAUCAGGUAUCGGCGCACUCGGCAUACGCAGCUGUGCAGAUCUUCAAAAGCAAGGCUGGGCAGCCGGAUACCGAAGGCGCCGAGCUGAAGCUGGACAUCAACGCGCAGCCCUCCUACGAAAUGGUUCAAGAAGUCUUGAGGGCCUUCAACAAGACGGCGAGCCAGCAGCGAGCAGCCCUCGAGCAAAAGGCAACCGGUGCGGCUUUGCCAGCGCCAGCGGCCACUCCGCCCCCGCCCCCGGGUCCUGCGGAGUCUGGGACCUCGUUUUUGGACUUUGACGCUUUGGAGCAGAUGGAGUCCAAGGAGGUUGCGGAGCCCAAGGUCGAGAAGAUCCCGGAGACGAGCUUGGCAAGUGGCCCAGUGGCGGGACCAAGUCCCGGAGCCUCCAUUGUCAACAACAAGGACCAGCGCGAUUUACAGAAGAGAGGCAGUGGUUGCAGAUGGCGCAAAAGUUGGAGAACAAAUAAAAGUGCCACUUCUCCUUCUUGUGAGAGGCGAGACGCCCACAGAGUCGGAGCAGGAGCUGGUGGAAAUCCUGGUGCGCCACGGAACGCAGAGCGGGCAGCUGCAGCUCUCCGUGCCGCAAAGCGCCACGAUGCGGCAGCUGAAGGAGAGCUUGGUGAAGGCCCUGGGCCGAAAGGCGGAGGUUUUGCAGCGGGUGCAGCUGGUGGAGCGCAUCGGCAACACCUUCAAGCAGUUUGAGGACUCGGAGAGCCUGGGCUCGCGCCGGGAGAUCUUGGUGCUGGGCCUGGGCCUGGGCUCGGGCGCCGCCUCCCAGAGCUUCUCCUACGCCGAGGUCCAGGUCUCAGUCACGAACCGACGCACAGGUGAAGGCGUUUCUCUGACGCUGCCAGAGGUUGCUACAAUUCAAGAUGUGAAAAAGGCCAUCAGACAAAGUGCUGGGCCACAAUUUCAGCAUUUGCUCGAGAGCGGUGCCCAGUUGUACGUGUACGCACACCCUUUGGGCAAAGCUUUGGACGACCAUGAGGCCCUCAGGGGUAGAUGGCAGCUAGUGUUAGGCUCAGACAUAGACGCUGAGGUAGUGGCAGAGUCGGUC